AUGGAAGCAAUUUGUCAUCGUGUCAUCAUCCCUGUCACCUUGCUGUCAUCUCAUUUGUCGUUUCGUUUCCAAAAAUAUGAUAAUUCGCUCUGAUCAAAUUAACCGUAGAUAUGCUGCUGGUAUUAUUUCCCUUAGUAGUCACCACAUCGAUGCUAGCGGUGAUCGUCUCCAUGGCCAUCCUGCUCAAAUUUUGGCGGCUGAGGCAGCGAGACUGCGACGGCAGGAAGCCGCCCAGAAUCACCGAAAUUCCCAUCGUGACUGCGGGCGGGCAGGUUGUCAACUCUGUAGAGGAAUUGGACAUGCACGUCGAGUUCUUAAACGGUCAGCUAGAGGAAAAGCAGAAGGAUUUGGAGGAGGACAGAGCCAAACUGCUUACCACAGAAGAGAAUCUUAGAAAGUUAACAGAUGCCACAAACGAAGUCAAGAAGUAUUACCUGAAGCUUAAGUCAGAAAUAGCAAAAGCCGAUAGCGAAUGCAACAUUUUAUCUUGCCAGGUCAAGGACUUCAAACGUAGACAAGAACGGCUGAGGGAGGAAGUUAACGAAAAUGUAAAGUACUACACGGAACUGUUAAGCAACAUCGAUGGUACCAGUAGCGAGGGAUACGAAGUUGUGAAGAAGGUGUCCACUAGGAAUAGUUGUUCGCGAUCUUUCGUCGAUGGAAUGGGGACUCUCAUUAAGGGACAUUGACACUUAGGCCGGAAUUAUCUUACUAAAUCUUGGUAUAUAUCACAGCUCCACAAGAAUGGUACUUGACUAUACAUUAGUACAAAAGUAACAUUUGUAACAUCACAUAUGGCGAUUGGGCGCCAUCUUGGAUUGUUUUAAAUGGAAUAGAAUAUGAUUACGCCAUAGUGUAUAAAUUCAGAUUCUUUCAAUAUAGUUGACUGGUGGGCUGCCAGAGUUGAGCGUUAUAACUCAAUAACCAAUUAUGAAAUAUCAAUUUCCUUUUCCUGGAAGAAUCUAUUUAAAUUUUCGCAAGAAUAUGAGACGUUCCUUUAAAAAAAUGUCAAAAUAUGUAAAAUUUUUCGAACGGAUUAUUUGAUUGCACAUUCAGAUAGAUCCCCCAAAAGAAGAAUGAUGUAACAUACUACAGCGUUUAAGCCACCAUUUUGAAAAACAGUAAAUAUAUACUCAAGCAUUGUAAAGUACUUAUAUGGAGCUUCAAAAAAUCACCCACUAUUCUAUUUGAAAAAUGAUCUAAGAUGGCGUCCAGCCGUAAUCUUGAAGCUUUCCUCUACCAAUUCUUGUCUAAACUAUAGUAAUCAUGCAUUAAUACCAUCAUCUUGAAAAUCACUGUAUAUGGCUGCUCCGUGAGAUGGUGUCGACGAUGUCACCAUGGGGUCUCAGUGAGAAGGGCUCUAAGGGUGCCAUGGCGGAGUUUUUAGAAAAUUAGGCAACCCAAAUGACACAUAAAAUGUAAUAAUCUCAAUAAUGCGCUAGCCACAGAACAUUAGGAAAUCGUGCUGUUCCACGAGUUUUACUCCUCUUUGUCAAGAGAAGAUUUACAUCGUGUGCUACUAUCACUCAACGUCUCACAUCGUUUUUUUUCAGCAGCCUGUUUGAAGAAGUAGUCCGUUUGAUUGUUUCAUGACAGACUUAAAAUCAAUAUAUUAUCUAUUUUUUUUGGCAAAAAUGCAUUUUUAUGCAUUUUUCUACAAUCGUGGCUUGUUAACAAAUCAUAGUACAGCUGUAAAAUUGUUUAAGAAUAUUCCACCUUGUAGUAAUUGCUUUUUACUAUUUUGUUCAAAAAAUCUUUGCUAUUUUUGACAACACGGUUUGCUGCAAAAGCAAAGCAUAUUUGAAGCAACAAGAAAUGAUAAGUAAAAAUAAAUAUCUCAAAUCUACUAUAAAUGUGAAAUAUCUGAGUUGUACCAUUAUUUGUAAAAAACUUACUGUUAUAAAAGAAAUGCAUAACAAAUGCACCAGAUAUGUAUUUUUGGACAAAAACUGGUAAUAUUAUUUUUCAUCACUAUGCACACCAUGAAAAAGAACACUCUUCAAACAUACUGAAAAAAGUAGUCUACGAUUUCAACCAGAGACCUCGAGACUGCAGUCACUGUUCCCUACGCUAGGCUCUAUUCUUGGUUACCGAAAACGAAGAGAGCGGCACGUCACUGCUAACACGGCAUCUCCAUGAACACGGCGGCAUGAUCACGCUCCAAAUUUGUUAGUUCAAUGGAACAUCACGCCUGAAGUAGCGUGCGAUGUGUCUUGCUCUCCUCCUUUUUGGUAGCAGGAUAUACUUUCCUUCACGGCGGACAGUGUAAAUGGGCUGGUGCUGCGCCAUGCCUUGGAAAAGACGGUUGUGCCCAGCAUAUGAUUAUCUGAUGUUUUGAGGCUACUACACCGGCAUGACGAUUUUUUAGAUGGAUUUCAGAAUUGCUUCAAAAUCGUAAAUGAAAAAUGUGUGGCAAAUGAAAAAUGUUGUCAUAAACUAAAUAAUACAAACUGCUCUUUGGUAGCAGUUUGAAAGAUUAUUACAUUUAGAAAGAGCCGUAUGUCCAAAUGAUUCACCUUUACCAUUUAAUGACCUUUCUCAACGAGAAGUGAAUUUUUGCCAUUGAAAUCAGUUUUGAUGUCUCCUUCCCGUCUGUUAAGUGUGACACUGCUUUGUAUGAGGACUGAUACAGAAAUAUGGUUCCCUUCAGUUUUUGAAAGAUAAAACAUUGUUUACUCUUAUAGAAAUUUACACCACUGGAAAGACGGAUCUUUGGUCAAAUUGCCUAAAGUCUCGCAAUUUUUUACAUGGUAUUCCAAUGUUUGUUUUCCGAUGUCAUAGAGCCGUUGAUGAAGCGUUUUACCUCUUCUUUGUCUAGGAACAUUUGAGUGUUGAAUGUUAGUUAAACUAGAGGCAAAACGCUUCCUCAACAGGUUGACGAUCGAAGUAUAUGAUAUUGGGAUACAAACAUUUGAAUGCCAUCUACAAAAGUACGGGGAUGAUGGAGAAAAAUAACGCCAAGUUUCCCCUUUCCGCUGAU